AUGGCACCGAAACGCACCCACGACGGCGAUGCUGCUCCAUCAUCAAAGGGCGAGCCCGAGGUUAAGAAGCGCAAGGGUUUUAGCGUUGGACCCGCAAACCUCCCAGAUGGCACAUAUCGUCGCAAGACCCAAAAGAUCAAGAAUGACCUGAUCCACAAAGCCAAAGUGAAGAAGGCCUAUGCCAAGAUCAAAGCCGAAGAACUCGCCAUCGCGCCUAGGAGAUCCGUAUAUGAUACCGCCGAGGGGGACGAAAUCAAGACUGGCAAGGAUGAUGAGAAGACUGUCGAAGAGGCAAAGACUCCAGAACUUCACCCGGAUCGCAUAGCCAUGUUGAACGAGCCCGAGCCUGAGCCGGCACCUGCAUCUAGAACGGAACGGCGCCCACGAGGCAAUGGCAAACAAAAGGAGCGCCGGCCAAAGCCUUCUGCGUUCACAAAGGAGAUGGAGUUUGCAGAGCAGCGGAGGAAAGCAGAGGAAGCGCGACAGAAGGAUCGCCAAGCGAAACAAAAUGAGCGUGAGGCUCUGCUGCGCGCGAAGCGGCCGGACCAGUUUGGGAAGAGAAGAUUAGGCAGGGAGAGCAACGCGCUGCUUAGUCGCGUGCAGCGGAUGGUUGGUAAUAAUUAG